AUGGCGGACGUUGUAGAAAGCUAUUCGUACGAAGAUAUAGAAGCUAUAAGCAAGUUCUUACUAGAAAGAUGUCGUCAUCGUCCCAAAAUUGGCAUCAUUUGUGGCUCAGGAUUAGGCGGAUUAGCUGAUACACUACAAGAGCAAGAAGCAUUUCCUUAUGAAAGUAUUCCAAAAUUUCCAGUCUCUACAGUUAGUGGCCACAAAGGGCGAUUGGUAUUUGGAGUUUUGAGUGGUAAGGCUGUCGUUUGUAUGCAAGGACGAUUUCACAUGUAUGAAGGUUAUUCAAUGGCAAAGGUCACUUUGCCAGUAAGGGUAAUGAAGCUACUUGGUGUUGAAACAAUGUUAGUAACAAAUGCUGCAGGUGGCGUUAAUCAAGAUUAUGUCCCAGGCGACAUUAUGAUCAUAAAGGAUCAUAUCAAUUUUCCUGGAUUAUGCGGUAAUAAUCCUCUGCGAGGCCCUAACAAUGAAAAAUUCGGUCCACGUUUUCCAGCGAUGAAUGAUGCCUAUAAUGCCAAACUUCGUGCAUCUUUAAGAGCUGCUGCAAAACUGUGCGGACUCUCUGAUCAUAUGAAAGAAGGAGUAUACGCAUACCUUGGGGGACCAGCAUACGAAACAGUUGCAGAAUUACGAUUUCUUAAAGCAAUUGGUGUAGAUGCUGUUGGAAUGAGUACUGCACCUGAGGUAAUCGUCGCCCGUCAUUGUGGCAUGAAGGUGUGUGGCUUAUCCUUAAUAUCGAACAAGGGGAUUAUGGAAUACGAUCCAUCGUUAGUGAUAGACCAUAGUGAAGUUCUCGAAGCAGGAAGAGUGAGAGCUGCUGAUAUUCAGUCAUUAGUAUCCAAUCUUGUUAAACUUAUAGAUGAAUAA